CAUACAUACCCUCGCCGGAAACCCAUUUAUUUAAUAUUUAUAUUGCAAGAUCUUACUCAAUAUAUGUUUUGGUACUGGAUUCGAUCCUUUUAGCUAUGUUUGGAACAUUACUCUUAGUCUUGCAAUCGUGAACAAUCUGGUAUUUCGUAUGGGAAUAUUUUUUUGUUGCUGUGUUCAAGGCGAAGAGACCUCGGAUUACGAAAACAUCAAUAAUUACGAAGGAGAGACAAAGCUCGGAAAGAGACACGGUAAAGGAGUCUAUUAUUUCGAGAAUGGAGAUAUAUAUGACGGGCAAUGGCAAUGGGGAAAGAAACAUGGCCAUGGAUCUUAUACCUUUGCCGAUGGAAGCAAAAACACAGGGUUCUUUUUCAAUGACGAAUAUAUUGGAGAUACUCCAGGGAAUUUAUUUUCCAACGCAAGAAAGGAAAGGGAUCCAGCGAGACCACUAAUGCAAGAAAAUAAUCAAACGUUCAGGAACAUCUUCGUUCCUCCUCAAGAACCAAGCGAAGAGUUACAGAGAAGACGAAGGGAGAGACAAGAAGAGCGUCGUGAAGCUAGCAGACGGCGCGAAGAAAUGAGAAGAAAAUACAACCUUUAGUUCGAAGAAUUAGAAAAUGUCAUACAUGCACAGAUGGAAUUUUGGUGCAUGGCACAAUUGACCUUUUUAUUUAUGAAAUACAAAAUUCCUUUUACGAAUUUUCUUCGUGUUACAGUGCGACUUCUUGAACCCAUGGGCCCUUUGAAGUUAACGGUCACAUGUCUGUACUGGACUGCAAAAUUUUUGUUUUUAUAUUAAAUUGGUGAUUCUUUUUA